UACACAGAAUGGAAACUAUAAGCAGACAUGAGUUGGUACCAUUUACAGCUUUGAUGAACAUGAUCAAGUUUAACUACCUGGAAAAAAAGGAAGUUUACCAGGGAAUACUAGGAAUUCUGGGAGAUUAUGACCCUUCAGAUGAAGAGAACAAGAAGAGGACCACCAGAUAUAUAGAGUUAUUGUUGGCUGACCAGACAGACUUAGCUGAGUACCUUCUAUCAUUCCUACCUAAUGGAAUGGCUGUAGAUCAUAUUGGAGUUUCUGAGAUCAAAGAUGAUACACAUCAUAAACUGAAACUAAAAAAGAAGAAAAUUGUUAAGUUAUAUCAGGCCAGUAAUACAUCUACAAUGACGACAAGUAUUAACAAUUUUGCUGGUUGCUCUACACAACAACCAUCAUUUACAGAACAACAAGUUUUACCCAGUUCUAAGACGUUAGUACCAGUUACUUAUUCCAGAACCAGCAGCAGUCCUUGUUCAACUUUACUACCAAUUCCUCAAAUACUAAAUGAUACUGUUGGAGAUGUAGCUGAUGGUUUGAUGAAUACAUUUAGAAGUGGUACCCAGGUCACAAGUAACAAAAAAUUGCCAGGUUUUAUCAGCAAGCAGACGACAGAACAAAAUUUGUACAACAUGAGAGAAAAAGUUGUAUCAUCUUCAAAUAUAAAAAUGACAACUAGCACAAAUAUCUUAACAUCAUCAUCUGUUUAUUCUGGUACAUCCAGUUUACCUAUUUUAUAUGAAAGUCAUGUAAAUCAGGCACCAAUUUGUCCUGUUGUACCUUCCCUGAAAUUACAAAAGAUAGUUACACAGGGAACCAGUAAAGAUGUUCAUUGUAAUGUUAACCCUUUGUAUACUGCAAGGCAACAGCAAUGUCAAUGGGUACCAGAAAUAAGUGAACCAGUAACUGUUCAGGCUGGUGGUAAAACUAAAUCCCAACAAAGUUUACAAGAUUACAACCCCUAUGUAGGAAAUGAUGUGCUUGAAAAUAAUCAACAUUCUGUCAUUGGAAAUGAUAAUAGCAUUGUUAGAUUUGACCUUGAUCAUUUCAAUACCAUACCAGAAAAUGUUCAUUACCUUAAUCAACACGAACCACUAAUACCAAGUCUGAGGUUUCCACUACACUCAACACCAAAAUUUAAUUUCACACCUACAAAUGUUUCAAUGACUAGGAAACCAGUAUCUCAUGAUUUUUUAUCAUUAAUAAAUCAACCAGUGACUGAACAUCAUUAUCAACCUAUUUCAGAGCCGAUUCAAGGUCACAUGAACAUGUACCAUAACACAAGAGCACUAUCAGCAUUCCCAUACACUCAUGAAUUUGUAUUUCCAAAUGGAAAGACACAAAAUGUUUAUGUUAAUCAUGUUAACAGAUCUGGAGUACAAAUUGACCAAAACCUGCCACAAAAUAUAGUUACAACACAAAACAAUAUAGUCAUGAAAUCACUAAACAGGAACCAGUCUCAUCAGCACGGAAGAAAUCUCUCAGUUCUCACAGGCGUGCCAAUGCAAAAUAUAACAAACAUUCCACCACAAAAUAUACUGUGUGACCAUAAUAACGUAACAUCACACACAGUAAACCACAGUCAUAUCUCUGCCUCAACUUUCAACACACAAAGUUUUUUACAUACUCAAGGUAUACCAACCUCCAUUCAACAAAAUACACAUUUCUUAACACCAACACAGACUAUGCAAGCUGGACCAUCAGGAAACUUAACCCCUCAUAUGCUCACUCCUGUACAAUACAAUCAAGAACUGAGCUUAGUAGAUCCAGUAUUAUUGAACCAAAGUUUGGAUACUACAGGCAGUCUGAACAGAACUAAACCAAAGAAAUUGUCAAUGACUGCUAAUUCAGCUGUUCGUAAAAAGUUAAGAUUGACUCCAAAUAAUUCAAAUAUACCUAUGUAAAAGCUUGGUAUUUAUUAUAUAUAUCAUCAAGAUUGAAUCCAAAAAAUUCAACUAGGCAUACCUAUGUAAAACUUUGGUAUCAUAUAUCAUCAAGUUUUGACUCAAAAUAAAUCAUUUAUACAUAUGUUAAACUUUGGUAUUAAAUACACUGCAUCAUCAAGAUUGACUCCAAAUAAUUCAAAUAUACCCAUGUAAAAGCUCAGUUUUAUAUAUCAUCAAGUUAUCUCUUCUGUAGAUCGUAUCACCAUCAGUAAAAUCAACAUAGGUUUUCAAAUACAGAACAUUGUUGUUUAGAUCAUUUAUACUUUCUGUUUAUACUUUCUGUAUGAAGUUCCAGAUAAAUCUUUUACAUAUGCAUGCGUGUAUAAACUCUAUUUUUUUCAACUAAAUUUUUUAAAGCAUGGAAAUAAUUUGAAAUGAAAGUAAAACUGCUUAAUUUUUUGUUUCAAUGGAAAAUUAUCUCACCCUUGUUAUAUUUUCAUUA